AUGAAUAGGAUUAACAAGAUCAUGUCACUAGCUCUAAAUGGAAGUCCGAUUGAACAUUUACAAGAAAAUAUAUCAGAUAAUCUCAGUAGUACGUCGAUGAAUGUGUCUGGAGUUAGCAGUGAGGUGACUGAAGAGCAAUUGCAGGUUGCCCAAAUGUUAGAUGAGUUACUCACUCCUUCUGACCUAGGAUUCCAGUCUCAUGAUUUUCUAACUGGCCAUGAAACAUUGGUGGAUGAGGAGGAUAUACAGAUCCCAGAGCCGACUGAAGCAGCCGAUUUCAGCUCAGAUGAUAGUGUAGUUGAUAGGACAUACGCUCCUGAAAUAGAUAGUAGCUCAUCAUCUGAGACUUCUCUUCAUGAAAAUGAUCACCAUAAUGUUGAAGUUACGAAAAUAUCUAAGGGACGUCCCAGCGACGACGUGCGGGGGAUAUAUCGUGGCAUCUUCAUUAAUAGCACGCCGCAGCUAUAUAAGAUGAUAUUGGGCUCUAGACAUAAGACAAAGAAAUUCGACUUCGACGUGCGUGUAUUUACCGCAAGCUCAAGUGAUCAGUCGAGAAAGCGCGUGUGA